CGGGAGAGGGAUUAAUUGAGGAGCUCUUUGGUCUAAGGUCCAUAAGUCCGCCAACCUUCUCUAUGACCACAGAAGGAAGAGAGAGCAGUAGUAUGGAACAAAGUGGAGCAGGGCUGGGGCUUCCGGGUUUCAGGUUCCAUCCUACAGAGGAGGAGCUUCUGGACUUCUAUCUUAGAAGAGCAGUUCGGGGAAAGAAGCUCCAGAUUGACAUCAUUGGCACUCUCAAUCUCUACCGCCAUGAUCCUUGGGAACUACCUGGGUUGGCGAAGAUAGGAGAAAGAGAGUGGUACUUCUUUGUGCCAAGGGACCGGAGGCAGUCUAAUGGUGGGAGACCGAAUCGGACGACGGAACAUGGGUUCUGGAAAGCCACCGGUUCAGACCGGCCGAUCCGCAGCGCGGCCGACCCGAAGCGGCUCAUCGGCCUCAAGAAGACCUUGGUCUACUACCAAGGUCGGGCCCCACGUGGCUCCAAGACUGAUUGGGUCAUGAAUGAAUACCGCUUCCCUGAUGCCACCACCCCACCCACGGAGGACAUAGUUUUGUGCAAGAUCUACCGGAAGGCAACAUCGUUGAAGGAACUGGAGCAGAGAGCGGCAAUGGCAUCGCCAAAUUCUAGGUCGAUGGUGGACUUGGUGUUGCAAAAAUGCAUGGCUGUGGAUGAUGAUGGUGUCAAGGAGCCUGAGGAGGAGGUGGAAAAAGAGGCCAAGGUCGAGGUAUUGGCUGAGUCGACCCGGUCAACGAGUCUGCCUAGGCUUGAUAUUCCGAAGUAUAAUGGGUUAGAGUGGAUGCAGGAUCCUUUCUUGACUCAGCUUAGGAGUCCAUGGAUGGAUCUAUGGUCUCCUUACUAUGCCAGCGUGCUCAAUUUCUGAACUUUGAAGCAUAGAGAUGUGCUAACAAAUGUAUGGAUUCUGCUUGCAAGUUUUUUCAUGUUAAGAGGGACAACGGUCUUAAUUGGAUGUUGAGGAGGGGAGGUUUGACGCUGCUGAUGUUUAUUUUGUGAAUAGAGAAGUGCACAUUAUCAAGUUAGUUUGCACUUAUUGUAGUUGCAUUAGCUCUACUUUCAUGUGUAAUGUCAUAAUUAA